AUGCUGGGCAAGGCGGGGCAAUGGGCAAUAGUGCUGCUCCUGGCGACGAUGAGCGGAGGAGCGAAGGGGAACGGAUUCUUCGACAAGGUUGGCAAACGCUCUGAGAUUCUUCUCCGAAAGAUUCCGAACAACCAUGGGAUCGAACUGGAAAUGCCGACCACUGCCAUUGACAAUGGCGCAACGCUAAAACUAGGAUCUGCGUUUAACUGGUGCCCAGUUCUACGGGAUCGGUCGGAGUGGAGGGGAGUGAUGACUGAGAGGCUGCGAUGCACGUUCUACAACCAUCUCUUCGGACAGACUUCGGGGCUGGAGGUCAUCAACAAGAUCGCCACGGGGCCCGACGGCGACGGCAACGUGCAAGUGAACAUGCGAUUCAGUCCCACCGCGCGUCUCAGCCUGGAAGUAGCGCACCCGGAACCCAACAUCUAUAUAUCUUCCAAUCCUCUGAUGAGGAUCGGGGAGGUUCGCAUGAAGGACUCUCUCGAUAUCCUGAUCAUCGUUGUUCUGGAGCAGGCGAUCUCCGAGCUGAAGGGAAAGUUAGGAGUUGAGAUCAACAACGAGCAUCUUUCCAUCGGAGCCACCCGCAACUUCGUCUCAAACCAGCUGCAGUUGUCUGCCCUGACGGGUAUCUCAAGAGUCCUCGUGGAGUCAGAGCAUCCUCAGCCUUGUGCAGGGGCCGGCGGGUGGGCUGGAGGGGUGAAAGCAAUCCUCAAUACCAGGAAGCGCAGCAACAAGCUCUCAGACGUCAAGCUCGCACUGCAGUACACCGUGGAUAACCUCCAAGUGUCUUGUCUUGACGUCGGAUGUGUCUUCUCGGACGACAUGAGGUCGUACACGGCGAGCUUCCAUCAUACACUCUCCAACGACCUGCAGAUUGCUGUAUGA